AUGGCUUUCGAGGCUCUCAACCCGCAUCUGUGCAUUCCGGCCCUGCGAGCGCCUGCCGUAUCUGUUCGAUUUUCCUCCCCACGUGUACGAACCGGUAACUUCUUUGGCCACAACAACGGCGACGUCGACAACAUGGUCAGGCACAUUUGCAGCGUUCAUCAACAGAGCCCUAUGGCGAAGGCUCAAGCCGAGCGACCGAUACUCAAACCAUUGGGAGUUGGCCCGCGAACCUUCCGUUCCUACUCGUUCCGUCCGGCAUUUACAACCGGACCGUGGGUGAUCUGGAAGGCUUACCCGGGUAUAUUGACCUGA